AUGAAGCUGUGGUCAGUUGUAGUGAUUGUUGUGCUGGUUAAAGUGGUUGAUGUUGCGGCACUGCACAAGAAUCCCUUCGAUGUGAUCAGAGGCUGUAAGCAGUACGACAAAGUUGGAGCCUACGAUGCAGUUCUUAAAUAUUUCCCGACGACAAAUCUACUCCAUGUUGGCCAUAAGGAAAAUUCCACAUACUUUAAAAUCGCCAUCUUAGGGCCGAACGAUGGAAUCAUUCGUUAUGGGGACUCGUUGUUUCCGUACGAUAAAUAUGUGAUUGAGAUUGUAUUGGGAGGAUGGGGAAAUACAAAAAGUGCUGGCCGACAACAUUAUAGUAAAAUUUCGAAUGAAAACAACAAUAACCUGCUGUUUGAGGUAAAAACGCCACAACUUAUGUCACAGUUCCAGCCCACCAUGUUCGUGCUAGAGGUGUUCCACAACGGCACAGUGCAAGUUAGCAUUGACGGACAAGAUCAUCCUUUCCUGUCGUUCAAAGACAACAAACGUACACCUGUGAAUUAUAUGACAUUCACCAAAUGGAAUAAGGACGUGGUGUUUUUCUACGAUUGUCCACUGGGAGAUGUGAGCGCUGAUAUGCCUGAACUGCCUUCAGUGAUAUGCAAUAGCUAG